CCGCAGCCUCGGAGAUGGCGGAGUGGAAGGAGGAGGUUGAGGUGCUGGUUCAGCGGGUGGUGAAGGACAUAACCGGUGCUUUCCGCAGGAACCCCAAUAUAGAUGAGAUUGGCUUAAUUCCAUGCCCUGAAGCGAGAUAUAACCGCAGCCCUAUCGUCUUGGUGGAGAACAAGCUGGGCGUGGAGAGCUGGUGCAUCAAGUUCCUGCUUCCCUACGUGCACAACAAACUCCUACUUCACCGGCAGAAGAAAAUGUGGCUUAACAGAGAGGAUCUGAUUGACGUGACCUGCACACUGCUGUUACUGAACCCCGAUUUUACUACUGCAUGGAACGUGAGGAAAGAGUUAAUAGAGUCUGGAACCUUGAAUCCAGUUAAAGAUUUACAUCUCGGAAAACUGGCCUUGACUAAGUUCCCAAAAAGCCCUGAAACAUGGAUCCACAGACGGUGGGUAUUACAACGCCUGCAGCAAGAAUAUGCUGUGCCUGCUAUGGGGAGCAAAGGUGGCCACUGCCCUGCUUCCACCGAGCGGAUCCAUGACGUUGUCCAAGAAGAGAUGCGUGUCUGCAGUGAAGCUGCAGGGAGAUACCCCAGUAAUUACAAUUCAUGGUCCCACCGCAUCUGGGUUUUACAGCACCUGGGAAAACUGGACACAAAGCUUCUCAUUAAUGAAUUGUCUUCCACCAAACAUUGGGUGUCCGUGCACGUGUCUGAUCACAGCGGAUUCCAUUAUCGCCAGUUCUUGCUGAAGUCUUUAUUGAAUAGAACCCCUGCAGACCAAGAGAACUCUGUGGCAUCUGCGGACUUGCUUGCAAACGAACAAAAUCACUGUCUUCCAUACGAAGAGGGGGGAAAUUGUGAGCCUCUCAGACUCGAUCUUCCCUUAUUGAUCGGAGAAGAAAUGGAUGCUAACAAAGAUUUAAUUGACUCCUAUCCAGGACACGAAGCACUUUGGUGCCACAGGCGCCAGAUAUUCGGCUUAAUUCAUCAGCUGCACAAUGAACAGUCUCAUUCAGUACCUUCACAAGUAAUACGCGUGGAUAGCGGCGACGGGACAGGAAACAGUUCGCAAAUUAGCAGCGGCUUCCUGGAACCCCCUGCCAACACCAUGGAUGUCGAUGGAGUGACCGACUCCAGCAAGCACAGCUACACCCAAGAGACAAAGCGGCUAAAACGUGCCCCUUUUCAAGACGCUAUAAACUACGACUCAGAGCUCAGGUUCAUUAGUGGUGUUUUAUCGAGCUGCAGAAAUGCUGCACAGUCCAGGUUCGCUGCUUCGUACAAGAAAUGGCUGCUCUCCUUACAAGCUCGCUAACCAAGGAACUGGAUUUCUUAUGGUGCAAUACUCUUUUCUGUAACCAUGAAUUACCAUGGUUCUAGACAUUGCAGACUAUGAGCCCAGGUUGGUUACCCUUAUGGGAAAUUGUGUUCGGGGGUUGACCAUCUUUUUUAUCCAAUUGUUACAUCAGAACAAGGAUUUUCAAACAAAAAAAGGAAACAUUUUUAACCUUUCUGUUAAAAAAUGUUACAUCUGUUGUUGUCUGGUCAGUUUAAGUGUUUGUUCACAUGUGUUAUUUGUAAAUAUACAUCUAGGCAUGGAAUGAGAGAGUGAGAGUUGGUCGCUUGAUGGUUCACAAUAUGUUUUAAUAUCUGUACAUUGCUGUGCAACCUCCAUCCUCUCCAUCCAUCUUUAAAUUAACCAUAAAGUUAAUUGACAAUAAAGUCUUAGCAGUCCAGAACGCCUGGAUGCAGAUAGAACACA